UUCCUUAGAGAAAAGGGGAUUUGACUCCCCUCUCCAAACACUCUCUAUCACAGACAGAUGUAAACCCUCCAUGUGGGCUCUAUGGCUGAGACCAAACAGGCGCUGCAGCUUUCUAUUGGCCGCCGCUGACACAGGGGCGGGGACAGACACACGUGUUUUUAAAGUCUGUCUUUGCAAUGACAAACAUCUUCUUCAGUAUUAUACAGGAGAGGGUUAUGGCAGAAUUUGCAAGGCAAGACGGGAAGCCAGGUGAACAUAAUAGCACAUCAAAAAUAAAAAGGACGCAGGGUGCAUUUGUGGCACAUAUGGGACUUCUUACAAGGAAACGAUAGAUUUACACCGCUAAGAACAACAGCCCACUUCACUGAUGAAGUCCCAAGCAACCGUCAGAUAGGCGUGACCUGCCCUCACCAAAAGUGCACAGCACGCCAGCAGAAACAGAGGCCCGCUCUCCCCUGUUCCAUGCAGGAUCCAAUCCUGUUGUCCACAUUUUCUCCUUGAGUUUGUCCCUAGGAUCAUUCAAAACUGUUUCUCCAACGCUUCUACCAGAAACUUAGACUGUUUUCCAAAGCAGAAUUGGCCCAGCCCUCCCAGGUGGAAGUAAUGGGGAGUGUGCGAAGCCACCGUUACAGCAUUGUGUCUUCUGAAGAAGAUGGCAUGAAGCUGGCCACUAUUGCCGUUCCGAAUGGCUACGGAAACGGCAAUGUCAACAAGGUGCACACAGAGUGCAAACAUCAGAGCCGCUUCGUCAGGAAAGAUGGCCACUGCAAUGUGCAGUUUAUCAAUAUGAGUGAGAAAGGCCAGCGGUACCUGGCAGAUAUCUUCACCACCUGUGUGGACAUCCGCUGGCGCUGGAUGCUGCUGUUAUUCUGCCUUUCCUUCCUACUGUCAUGGUUGUUUUUUGGCUUUGUCUUCUGGGUAGUGGCCCUCUGUUACGGAGACUUAGAGAAUGAGACUCAGAUGUGUGUUUCCAAUGUAGACAGCUUCACCGCUGCCUUCUUGUUUUCAGUGGAGACCCAAACCACUAUUGGCUAUGGCUAUCGCUAUGUGACGGAGGAGUGCCCUGGUGCUGUCUUUGUGGUUGUCUUCCAAAGCAUUGUGGGCUGCAUCAUUGAUGCUUUCAUUAUUGGCGCUGUGAUGGCCAAGAUGGCUAAGCCCAAAAAAAGGAACGAGACUCUGGUGUUUAGCCAUUAUGCUACAGUGGCCAUGAGGGAUGGUAAACUUUGCCUGAUGUGGCGUGUGGGGAACCUGAGGAAGAGUCACCUGGUGGAGGCCCAUGUCAGGGCUCAGCUUCUCAAGUCUCGCACCACCGCCGAGGGGGAGUUCAUACCACUGGAUCAGGUAGACAUUGACGUAGGCUUCGAUAGUGGCAUUGACAGAAUCUUCCUGGUUUCUCCAAUCACCAUUGUGCAUGAGAUUGAUGAGGACAGUCCAUUCUAUGAGAUGAGCAGACAAGAGUUGGAAACGUCAGAGUUUGAGAUCGUGGUGAUCCUGGAGGGCAUGGUGGAGGCUACAGCCAUGACCACUCAAUGUCGGAGCUCCUACGUGGCCAGCGAGAUCCUCUGGGGCUACCGCUUUGAGCCGGUGCUCUUUGAAGAAAAGAACUACUACAAAGUGGACUACUCUCGCUUUGAAAACACGUAUGAGGUACCCAGCACACCCAACUGUAGUGCCAGGGAACUAGCCGAGAAGAAAUCCAGUGCAGCCAGCUCGAGGAACUCCUUUUGCUACGAGAAUGAGGUGGCUCUCGAAAAAGUUGAGAUGGAGGAGGACUUUAAGGAGGAGGAAAACUGGGAGGUGAGGGGUGUUGAGGCCGGUGGACUCGAGGACACAAACACAGAUGGGAUGUCAGAGUCUGAAUGCAAUGUGGAUUCUUUGCCUUUAGAAUCAAGGCCUUUGACAGCAGAAUCACAAAUAUGACUGCAGGGAUAAAAGAAGGAUUACAAAUUAAUUCCGUGUAUGUUAAAACUAUUGCAUUUGUUCCUGUUGUUUAUUAUGCAUGACAGUUUGUGAAAAAUUACGAUUUCAGGUUGAAGUUCUCUCUGCAGAUGCUCAUGCACAAGACACCAUGGGAAUGCAGACAUGUUAUAUUGUUUAUGGUGAUAAAUGAACUGGUUGCAUUGAGCUAGAAAUAAAAUGAGUUGGAUGCCUUCACUUACACACUGUGUAGUCGGCCCUGCUUAUUUAGUAGAAUAGCCAAUUGGGUUCUGAAAAAUUAUUGUUUGCUAGAAAAGUAGAGUUUCUAAUUUAUUUAAGUUUAUACUCCCAGUUUUGCACAUAGCAUUAAACACCCUGGGAAUAAUAUGUAUUUUGAGGCCUAAACAUCCCAUAAGGUUGUAAAUGGCUAAAAUAAGUAUUUAUUUAUAUUCAAUUUAAAUCAGAAAGAGUAAAAAAAAAAGCGAUUUGUUUUUGAAAUGCGUUGUUUGAACUUCAAUAAUCUUGUUUUAAAGACUACUAAAACAUUUUGACCAGUUAAAGAACCUGCACAAAGGCUACUCUUUGUUAAUGAGCUGGUCUCUUAGCAAAGCAUAUUUACUGUCCUCUUCAGUGUGGUGGUCUUAGUGUGGUUCGCCUCGCACAGAUUAUGACCACAAGGACAUUGUGCUCCACAGGCCCAUCAUUGUUUAUGUAUAGCAUCUCUUGCAACGUAUGCCUU